GAAUAAAAGAGUGGAAUAAAACAUAUGGCAGAGAAACUUACAGCUGCAAUCUUGUGGUGCAUUGGAAAAUCAAAUGUAGUCUGCUUGCACUAUUUGCAAGUUUUGAAAGCUUCAUCUGUCUUCCCUCCUUUCUUUUCCCAGAAUGCUCUGGACCACUGGGCAUGGAGGGUGGCAUAAUCUCCAACCAACAGAUAACAGCCUCCUCCACCCACCGUGCUCUCUUUGGCUUGCAGAAGUGGUACCCAUACUUUGCACGCCUCAACAAGAAGGGCCUGGUCAACGCCUGGACGGCUGCCGAGAAUGACAGAUGGCCAUGGAUCCAGAUAAACCUCCAGAGGAGAAUGAGGGUUACAGGGCUGAUUACCCAAGGUGCCAAACGUAUCGGCAGCCCAGAGUAUGUCAAGUCAUACAAAGUAGCCUACAGCGAUGACGGGAAGACCUGGAGAACAUACAAAGUCAAGGGCAAAGAUGAGGAUAUGAUUUUCAGGGGAAAUGUUGACAACAACGCUCCAUCAGCCAACUCUUUUACCCCUCCCAUAGAAGCCCAAUUUGUGCGCGUUUACCCCCAAGUUUGCAGGAGGCAUUGUACCUUGCGCAUGGAGCUGCUUGGCUGCGAGCUGACAGGCUGUUCUGAACCACUGGGGAUGAAGUCAGGCCAUGUCCAGGAUUAUCAGGUCACGGCUUCCAGCAUUUUCCGAACACUCAACAUGGACAUGUUCACUUGGGAACCUGGAAAAGCCCGUUUGGACAAACAGGGCAAGGUCAAUGCCUGGACAGCUGGACACAGUGACCAGUCACAGUGGCUACAGGUGGACCUGCUUGUGCCAACCAAGGUUACAGGGAUCAUCACACAAGGAGCAAAAGACUUUGGCCAUGUCCAGUUUGUCGGCUCGUACAAACUCGCUUACAGUAACGACGGAGAGCGAUGGAGUGUAUAUCAAGAUCAGAAACAAGGAAAAGACAAGGUAUUCCAGGGGAACUUCGACAACGACACACACAGAAAGAACGUGAUAGAUCCCCCAGUCUACGCUCGGUUUGUGCGGAUCCUUCCCUGGUCGUGGUACGGCAGGAUCACUUUGCGUGUAGAAAUACUGGGAUGCACAGAGCAAGAGUGAUGUCUCUCCGUUCUCCAUCUGUCUGUCCAUCAUCCCCCUCUUCUUUGGAAUACUGGAAUCUGUCAAGCAGUUGCUCAAAAAUAAACUGUUCAACCUGUAAAAAGAAAUUAAUUUCCAAUUAUUAUUAUUUUUUUUUUCAAGGAAUAAGCAUCUAAGUGGUGGUGGGGGUCUUGUUAGUUCUUUUGUACAAUGAUUUCAAACCUGCCUCCUGGUUCACUGUUUCAGUUUCCUACUUAAAAGCGUGAUCUUUGUCUUUUUAUUCCUCUCAAGAAUUGCCAUCCUGUUUGGAAUGAACUUAUGUAAGAUAUUUGGGUCAGGGUUAGGGGUCAGAAUGGGGUCUCACUGUGGUUUUACUGUGGAAGCUAUUGUACAGUGUCACUUUUUAACAAAGACGUUAAAACUGUCUCUCGUGCUUCAUGGGACAUUAUUAACCGACUCUGUAUCAUGACUAAACUGUCCAAGGAAGAAAAUAUAACAAAACAUGUUUUUAAUUUCAUAAUUGAACCCCCCUUCAAGCCAUGAAUACCCUCAAAGGAAAACAUUCAUCACAAUAUUAUUAACACACUUGUAUUAUAUGUAAAAGAUUAAGAAACUGCAUGGUACGUGAAUUAUAAAUGUAUAUUACAACAAAUCAUGAAAAACCUCCAGUCCUGAAAGCAAAUAGCUUUGAAUUAGGGACCUAUUUUUAUGUGCAUUUUUAAAUAGUUCUGACACAUUACUUUACACUUAUAAAAAUUUGUGCUUUGUGAGACAACAAGCAAACACUGCAGUUAAAGAGUUUUACUGCAGCACUGACACUGAAGCUUAGGGGCUUUAUUUAUUUAUCUGAUUUGUUGCUCCCUAUUUCUGAUUGUAGCUGGUCUUUUUCUAAAACGGUAUCUUCUGUGCUCAUUCCUUUUUUCUACUCUAUUGUCAGAUUUAUGAAAUAUGUUGUACCGUCCUCAUGUUGUCUUGGAGAUCUAAGAUGAAUUGAUUCAAAAGCUCAGGAUAGAUAUCAUUCACAAUACUCCCACAUAUAUAACCACUUGAAUAAUGUUUGGCCAGCUAAGCAUACUAUAAAUUUAUUGUACACAGAAAAUAGCAGAUGAGGGAAAGAAAGAAAUUACUGAUGUCAUCAGCAUAAUGUACAUACAUCAAAUAGUAAAGUUUUUUAUGUCUUAUAAUAAACAAAAUAUUAAUUUGCCAAUUUUCAAAAGAAAACAAAUGCAGACUGUGUUAAUAAAAGUGUGUAAUUUGCUCGAACAUUGAUGAUGGGCUAUACCAACAGUAGAGAACUCUAGUGUUUAUUGCAGGGUACCUAAGUAUUAAUGUUUUGUGUUAAAAACUGUACUUUUAUGUAAAGUAAUACUUGCAGGACA